AUGGACAGCCCAUUCAACAAAGGCUUUGGGCCUGGCCAUCAGUCUUCCGCAUUAUCGCAAGCUCCGCCGGCCGGCAGCGCGUACCAAGUCAACGUGAACCGAACCAAGACGAGGAAAUGGGUCGAGGCUCGGGUGCAGAGCUACGACGGCGAUGACUGGGGUGCCGACGAGUACGACGACGAGCCCGAGCCCGAGCCCGAGCCCCCAGCCCAGCAGCCAUCGACCCAGAGACCUGGCGCUGGCACUGGCGUAGCUUCUUUGCCCUCGUCUCUCCAGGCGCAACAACCUCCAAGGCCGGCGCCACCACAUCACGCGUCGCCUGCAAUAUCCGACCCCUCGAUCACCGAAAGCCCCGUCGACCGGGACAAGACAGUCUCUUCUCAGUCCACCGGCGCUGGCCCAUCAAAUCAUUCAAGCUCCCGACUAGCGGAACCAGAUGAGCCGUCUGUGGGAGGCGCGGCGCCUCUCCUUCGCCCCUCCGACGAAUACCGCCGCAUGGAUGAGGAGAAUCAGCGACAUCGCCAGCCCGAGACGGAAAAGGAGGCUCUCCUUGCCGAGGUCCCAUCCAAAUCGAACAGGCUGGACUCACCGGGCGGUAGAGGCGAUCCUCCCCAUGCUGGUGGCGGCGCAGAGUCUGCAGGACAAGGAGACGGUGGCCGUCGGGACUCCGUCAGCCCUCAGCUGCCCGACGUUGCUCGCAUGUCUGCAUUUGGCGUCGACCUAUUCGCCUCCACGGGAAGCGGCUUUGCCAUCGGACCAAUGAUCCCUGAGCACGAAGGCGACGGCUUACCCUCGUCGUCACCGCCACCGCGAACCGAGAAAUACAACGACGCCUCUGCCUUGGUGUCGGAUCCCUGUCGCUCGCCUCCUGCCACUCGGAAAACACCGCCAGGGUUACAAUCUGUCUCGCAUUAUUUGGAAGAGGUCAACGGCGGAGAAGCGCCUGCAAAGGAUGAAGGCUUGUCUAAAAACACGACCAAGGAACCCGGAGAGGUUGCCCUCUCUAGCUCCGACGACAAGGAUCGAGACCCAGAUCAUGGGUCUUCCAGCGCUGCAGCGGACACGGUCCUCGCGCAUCCCCAAGCGCGGCAGCCUAUUUUGCACCUAGGAAGCGGUUGGCCCACGAUUCCGCCUUUGCGGACACCCAGUCCUCGUGCGUCUGUUGGCAACGUGGCCGAGGAAGCGAGCCCCUCGGGAGGAUCCUUGAACAUUGACGACAAUAAACCCACUGCAGCUUCCGACGCGUAUAAGCAAAGAGAGCCUGGCCACGAUUUCGAAACCAUUUCGAUUCAGCGCCAGCCUACUACUAGCACCAUAGCUUCAUCACCUGUCAAGGACAAUGACGUUCUCAGCGAUGAGAUCUUGAGAUCGCUGAGUCCCGGUGCGAGCUCGCCCGCGGAUCCCUCGUCCCCCGGAGACGGCCGCAAGAGUUUCCUCUCUCCAAGCCCCAACGCGGUUAGAGAGAGUAGCUACACUCUGCGAGACUACGACAGCUACUGGGCGGACACGUCAGACAAGGCCCAGGCCGCGCCCCCAAUUACCACCACGCUGGAAAGCAAAGAGGUGGCUGACUCGCCGCCCGAGGCUUCUGGGUUGGACGAGAAUGCGUGUGUGGAUGAGCUUGACUCUCGGAAGAGGUUUUCCUGGGAGGCCGAUGAGGACGCCGAAUCCCCCAAGCCCGCGGACACAGCUCCCGGGACUGUCGCCAAGUCGGACGGAGGACAAGAGCCACCGGAGGUGCCCCAGCCCCCGUCGCCUCUCUCCGCCUCGAGCGAUAGGCCGGCCUCGGGGGGUCGAGACAGCACAAGACUGUCACGAUCCGACGAGGGAGCUCAGGCGCCAGACUCUUCGCGCGUCUUCUCUCCCACCCCACCGCCCGAGUCCCAAAGAAGUCCCGCUGGUCAGCCACCGAGUGAAGCUGUCGAGCCUCAGAGCCCUCAUCACCCAACACAGGCACCAGGCAUGAUGUUCCGAGAGAUCCUGGCGCUGCCCGCUCCUGCGGAGAGGAUCACCAGAUACAACGAGACACGAAAUUAUUUUGCGUCAGCCGACACUGGACUUAACACGUGGCUCGAAGAUCUGCAGGCCCAGAACCCCGAAUACGCCAACGGAUCAGAGUUUCUGGCCGCAGCAACUCCUCACCCGCUCGUCCAGGCUGAGAGCCACCCGUCAUCCGCAAGCGCCCAGCCUCCCGCACAGCAGCCCUACUACCAGCAGUAUCUCAACGCCACUGUGCCGAGCACAUCAUCGGCCGGCCGCUCGCGGCUGGGCGGAUCGCAGAUGCCCUCGCAACCGACCGGUAGCGCGUUUGGAAAUCCUAGCCACCAAAUUGGCUUCAAGAGCAAGGAGUUCAUGCAUUCGGCCGGGAAGAUGGGCAAGGGUUUACUAAGUAAAGGAAAGAACAAAUUGCGCGGAAGCGGGGACAAGGGCGAAUCUGCCAAUUCCCUAGUCCACACCAACCCCAAAAACGAUCGGCGGGCGUCUUGGGCGUUUAGCUUGGGAGCGAGGUCUCGGCCGGGGGAAGCGGCCCCCCGAGCCGCCUCCGCGGCGCUUUCAAACACCGGCGGCAGGCCGUCGUCAUCGGUCGAUACUCGGCGGCACGAGCAGGCACCGCAGCUGAGUCCUCUUGUGCAGAGUCGGUCGCAUGACCUGGAGAGCCUGGGCAAGCUGCAACCUGUGCGUUAUCUAAAUCAUCCGGGCUCUGCCGAUCGAGUCACCGCUGGCCUGAGCAGACUGGAAAUCCCCGCUUACUUGGGAAACGGUGUGACACAGCCGCAAGAUGCAUCACAGCUACCGGAGCAAAGAGACGUCGCCCAAGAUCAGGCUUUAGAUGACUGGGUUGUCGUACCGCGCCAGGAUAACGACGAACAACAAGUUGCAUCGCUACCAGCGGCCGCGCGCGCUCAACCGACUGCCUCUUCCCAAGGUGACGAUGGCGGCGUAGCGCUACAGCCUUACAUCCAGGCCCAAAAUGAUGUCCCGAAGCGCACCUCUUCGUUUGUCGGAUUGCCCCCCAUCCGGAGGAGCUCCACCUUUGGCAUCACAACCAGGGCGAAGAGGGCCAGCCGGCGCUUCUCGCUCGACGACGAUGACGUUAGAGACAAUGGCAAUGACCGCGGAUUCUCCGUGACCGGGGACGGCUCACGUCGAUCAGUUGGACCUGAAGAGCCGCUUCCACUCAUACCAUGGUCUGUACUGCAAUUUGGCAGCUCGACGGAGCCUGCUCUUGGCGACAACGGUAUCUCAGGCGCUCCCGUUCCCAAGCAGGAGCAGCCACGGGGCCCAGAACAUCUCGAACGCCCUGUGCAAAGCAAGCUCCAGGCCAUUCAACUGCCGGCACUUGAAUCCUCUGAUGCGGCCCUGCCUGUUCACACUCGCCUCUCGCCGAUGCUGGCAAGUCCGAUUCCGGGACUAGCCACCGGCCCCUGGAAGCUAGAGGAGAGCCACCUGUCUGAGCCCCUUCAUUCCGUUACCAGACACCGCCCUGGAACCGCUAGCUCGCAGCAGCCAAUGUUCUACGGCUACGAUAAGGAAACUGGAUCGCCGGACCAUCUGCGACAGAGGUCCUUUGACGUACCGCCAUCGUCUGCGCAGCGAUGGCCUGACCUCUUUUCUCAUCCCAUCACCCAUGAUACCCAGCGCCCUCGAUCUCAUUCCCGGACGAGGGUAGAGUCGGACUCACAUCCUUAUACGGCGCCACCUCUUCGAGGAGAGACUUCGCGGAACGGCAAGCCUAAUCUUGACGCAGUUCGGACAUCACAGGGAGAUUGUGUGCCCAAUCAGCAGGGAUUGGGCAUCUUCAGGCAUCCAGGCAUUCUUAGCACGGGGACGUCGUCUAGAAAUUGGCCGGCUUGGUCGCCCGAGGCUCAACCGGCGGCGUCCGAGUCCGGCAUUGCAGCCGAGAACAUUCAGGAGGCCAAAGGGAAGCAGCCGAGCUUUCUUCCCGGCUUUACUGGCCGCGCAUCAGCGGACCAUGAUUCUAUACAAAAACAUAGCGUUGGUGGACAUGAUCAGUCCAAUCCCGAGGUCUGGGCACCGGGCAUGCCUUGGCAGUCGCAGCCGGAUCCUAAUUCCUCUCUGGUCGGAUCUGGUGGCGAAAUCACGCCCAAGGGUGCGCGGCGACCGUCGGCCUCUAGCUUCCUGAAUGAUUCGAACCUUGCAGAUGCGGACAACUUUGAAGUGACAAAGAAGAAAAAACGGCUCUCGAGCAUGGUCAACCUGACAAGUUUUAAGGACAUGAUCUACGGCUCUGCUAUAGAUCGCAGCGGAAACUCGCAGGCUCCCCAGACCCCCAGGCGGAAGCAGCUUGGCGAACUCCUUUGA